AUGAACUGUAUUUUUAUAUUUUCCCUCGGCUGCUCGGAGUGGCGGUUUAUGUAUGGUCCACUAUCAGAACAAUCUGCCGAUUCUUCAGCAGAAUUUGAAUGGGGACGAUACUUCGUUUUUGCUAUCAUUUCCAGGCCCUCUUGUCUCUUUGGGAGACACUUUGUGAGAGGUAUUCAUGGCUGGACGAGGGGACCGGCGGGAAGCUGCGUACUCUACUGAUUGGCCCUGGAAAAGGGGGGAUGCGCGUUUGUCAGUAUGGGUGUAUUAAGAAUAUCCACUUGUAGAAGAUUCUUCCCUUUAUAUUAAGAGCGAAAAUCCUCACCGCCGCCUGCAGUCCAAGCAGACCUCAUUAUUAUUAUGGAUUUCACAUCGUUGAGAUGAAACUUACCCCCUAUUCUUGCUGGGGGUAAGAAUACCCGGAUCGCGGUGGUGGUGGUGGUGCCGGGAAGAACUCUUUCUCCGGCCGGCCUGUGCCAGCCGUACAAGCGUAUUUCACGUACCCACCGCUGGCUUGGCGCCUAGCAGCGCAGCGAGCUUGUGCCAGAGAGUGUGUCUCCAGUGUGUCUCCAGUGUGUCCCCAGUGGACGUUUGGGCGGCUUGGGGGCCAGUUGGGGGAGGGGCUGCGGGCGGUGUUUGGGCGUGUGUUGCAAGCGCUGGGAACAGGUGGGCGUAUUAUAUGCGGGCUGUGACCAUACCAUACGACCACUGCCAACCAAUCUCCCUCCUCCCCCCUUCCCUUCCCGGCUUCUUCCCCGUCCGUCUCCUUCAAUCUCCUCUCCUCUUUCUCCUCCAUUGUUCGUCCAGCUUCAACUUCAAUCCACCUCCAUCACCGCCAUCACCGCCAUCACCGCCAUCACUAUCACCCUUCCACCUCUAUCCAUCGCCUCUCUCCCCCUCGCCCCCCUUACAUCUCCAUCUCCGUUAUCUUGGAUUGGAGUUGUGACUUGGCUAUCCUCAGCUUGAAAGCAGGCCGGCCUUUUUGGUGAAAAUAAAACGCUCGUUCACUGUACUGUUCGCGAUUGAGAUUGGUCGCCCAAGCUACUUCACCCGACCACAUAUUUUCUUCGUCGAUCAACCUGUUUUACCCUGGCAUAAAAAAAGGCUGGAGGCAUUUUUGAAGACGGUUCUGGAUUAACUUAACUUGUCUUUGGUUCAAUUCGUGGAUAGGUGGAUAGUCAGACUACCAUUCCCAUUUCGCCCAAACCCGUUUGGAGUGAUCUAUCGCUCUUUCUACCUCGCGAAAACUCGUCCGCAGUUACUUAGAUAUCACAUUUGAACCGCCAAGAUGGGGUGCGGAAUGAGCACUGAGGAUAAGGAGGGGAAGGCCAGAAACGAGGAGAUUGAGAACCAGCUCAAACGAGAUAAGCUGCUGCAGAAGAAUGAGAUCAAGAUGCUUCUACUUGGCGCUGGCGAGUCCGGUAAAUCUACCAUUCUGAAGCAAAUGAAACUCAUCCACGAGGGUUCCUAUUCGCGGGAUGAGAGGGAGUCUUUCAAGGAAAUCAUUUUCAGCAACACCGUGCAGUCAAUGCGUGUAAUUCUUGAAGCUAUGGAAGGUCUUGAUAUUCCCUUGGACGACCAGCGUGCAGAAUACCAUGUUCAGACCAUCUUCAUUCAACCAGCUCAGAUUGAAGGCGACAGCUUACCUGCUGAUGUUGGCAACGCCAUUGACGCUUUAUGGAACGAUGCUGGUGUGCAAGAAUGUUUCCGACGAUCUCGCGAGUAUCAGCUGAACGACUCAGCACGAUACUACUUCGACUCCAUCAAACGUAUUGCUGGAUCCGAUUAUUUGCCCAGCGAUCAGGACGUCCUCCGCUCCCGUGUCAAGACUACUGGUAUCACCGAGACAACGUUCAUUAUUGGCGACCUCACUUACCGUAUGUUCGACGUUGGCGGGCAACGCUCUGAACGUAAGAAGUGGAUCCACUGCUUCGAAAACGUCACCACCAUUCUUUUCCUUGUAGCAAUCUCAGAGUACGACCAGCUUUUGUUCGAGGACGAAACCGUGAACCGUAUGCAGGAGGCUCUCACACUUUUCGAUUCUAUUUGCAACUCGAGAUGGUUUACCAAGACCUCGAUCAUCCUCUUCCUGAACAAGAUUGAUCGGUUCAAGGAGAAGUUGCCUGUCAGCCCGAUGAAGAACUACUUCCCUGACUACGAAGGUGGUCCCGAGUACACUGCCGCGUGCGACUACAUUCUCAAUCGCUUCGUAUCGCUUAACCAGGCCGAAACGAAACAAAUCUAUACCCAUUUCACUUGCGCUACUGACACAUCGCAAAUCCGGUUCGUUAUGAUGGCAGUUAACGAUAUAAUCAUCCAAGACAACCUUCGCCUCUGUGGAUUGAUAUAACGAAAUCCUUUUGGAUAGGUCUUUUGGCUCCCACUAAUUUAGAUUAUUUCUGUUCGUUUCAUCUGUAUUUGAUAUCACCCUCGAUUUUCCCCCUUUUUUUCAGAAUAAUUUGCCCCACGCCCAACCACCGCCACCAAACAGAGCCGUCCAAGUUUUCCUUUACAUCUAUCCCUCUCCUACUUUGCCUAUUACCGGGCUCACAAUGGCGUUGAGACCUUUUCCUUACUCUAAAACAAAAUACGGCGUAUUGGACCUCUCGUCAGUACCGCAACUACGGGACAUACGAUCUUCCCUUUUCUUUUUUGAUUACAACCCCUCGCUCCCCACCUCUUGGUCUGAGGAGAUAAAAUGAUACGGUGCCACUCCGAUCGUUGCCUCUUGCCGCCCUGGUUUCUGAUGGCGCAAUCUUAACAAACCCCCCGGUGCUGCAGGGCUGUCAACUGUCCACCUUCCUUUUGUUUUUUUUCCUACUGCAUGAUUUCCUACUCGGCUUGCUCUUUUCUUUUCUUUUCUUUUCUUUUUUUCUUUCGAUAUCUUAUUUCCUUAUUUCCCUUUCUAAUUCCCUUGUUAUAUCCCUUGAUAUGUACCUGUGUGUGCGUGUGUUCUUGUUUUUUCUCCUACUUUUUUUCUUGGGGCUUUUCCCCUUAACUUUCUGUAUUUCUUGUGACUUUAUAUGGGUUUCCCUCUUAUCGAAUUUCCAUUUCCAUUUUCUUUUAUUUCUUCAAAUACCAUGGGGUUUCUCUCAUUCUCUUUUUUUUUUUUACUUGAGUAUGUUUUAUUUGUUUCGCUAUUUGCCUUGUUUUCGAACCUUAGCUCUGCCUGUAUCAGCGGGCGGAUUUCUACACAUUAGCUUUUUGGUUUUUUAUCUGACCGGGCUAUUUGUCUACCAAUUCCCUCUGCUUUUUUUUUUUUUUUUUUAUGUCUGCUACUUGUCCUCCUUUUUUCCCUACUUUUUGAAACAAUUCGCAAAUCAGAUUUUAGGCAGGAAAUGAAAUGCAAUACCCACUUAUCGCCGUUUUUUACCUUUGGAGGUCAAUCUGAUAUGUGUAUAGGUGGGCUGGGUGUGCUAAUAUGGUUUCCAUACACACCGCUGAACUUCUUGUACUAGUCUAUGCUCCGGGAGUAAAUUUUGACUGGCUGGGGGCCUAGUGUUGAUGGGUUAUUACCCGACAUGUUUUAUGAAAGGAAAGGGAUUGUGCGGUAGCAAAAGACAAAUGGAUGAAUGAGAUGGUAUGGGGACGGCGAAGGAUGUUGAAAUCCGAUAAGAAUGAUAAUAUUGCAUGGAAAAGAACUGUGUGGUGGUAAUAGCUGGGUUGUUGGCGUGGUGGUGGGUAAUUGGGCCUGAAGGGAGGAUGUUGUUUGUUGGGGUGGGGGGGGGGUAAUGGGUGAGUUGGGGUACUUUAUGGAUCACGGGCCACGGGCCACACCAACGAACGAAUAAAGUCUUUUUGCGCUGGCAUGCUGCAUACAUGUGGUAUGUAUGUGGUAGUUAUAUAAGACGAUAUCUCCAGGGCUGUCUAGACGAGUAGUAGUCGUAACGAAACAAAACUAAUAAAGAAUAAUUGUUCAUAGGGCUUCCAUAGGAGAUAGAGUAAAGUCCCAUCCAUCCCAUACCCCCCCCCCCCGCAUGAAGUAAUCUACACCAGUGCACCACCCACUUCCAUAAACCAACUCCCAUAAACCAACCAACCCGGCCCCUCGUUCUUCAAAACCUCAACUUCGGCCCUACAAACACAAUCAACACCGCCACAACCCACAGCCCAAAUAUCCACACAUACAUCAACGCACGCCCCCACCACCCCCUGCCCUCCGCCAUGCGCCUCAGCGCCCCUAACCGCUUCCCCGCCGCCUCCAUCCCCGUCGUGCUCUGGUCCAAACCCUCCGCCGCCCGCUCGAUGAUUGACUUUUCGGACUCGAGGCUCGUGUGUAGGUUCUGCGUGGAGGUUUUUAGUUGGGUGGCUAGCGCGAGGAGGGAGGUGGUUAGGGUGUCUUGUUCGGCUUCGUUUUGGGAGAGGGCGGUUUGUGCGGAGGGGGUGGAUGAGGUGGUGGGGGUUGGGCGGUUGGGGAAUAGGGGUCUAAUAGUGGUGGUGGUGGCGGUGGGGAGGGAUGUGCCUGUUGUUGUGGCCGUUGGGGUGGUGGCUGAUGAUGAUGAUGGAUAACGGUGGUGAUGGGGGUGUCUGCCGCGGAAGGUGUUUGAUGGUGAUGGCUCUCGUGGUUGUGUUGGAGAUGGUGAUGGCGGUUUAUCUACAACUUGUUCAUCGUUUCUUCGUUCUUGGGUGGUCUCCUCUGCUUCGCUUUCUUCUCCUUUUCUCUCAUCUUCUACUUCUUCAUGUCUUGUUGAUGCUUGGUCUGCUCCUCUGGUUGGCGGUGGGGAUGUUGUAUCUGGGGUACUGUCAUUUGGUGUUGGUAGCAAAUCAUCCUCGUUGUCCGACGAGAAGGUCUGGGUAUCUGGAUCCGUUUCGGCUGCGGCGGCUGCAAUUUCGUCUAGAUGGGUUUUAAGAGUCUUGAUUUGCUGCCGCUUCUGGGCAAGAUCAGUCUGGAGAGCAUGUUUGCGCGAUUGGAUUUUGAUGUUCGGGAGGGUGAGUUCGAGUUUCAGGAUUAGGGUUCGCGCAUAUUCGAUGUUCUUUCAGAAGCUGUCAGCGGAUAGCCAUGUUCAUAUAGGUAGGAUUUGCUUUGUAUGCUCACAGCUCCAACUCUAGCUCGGUGAUAGGGAGAUCGACGUAGCAGUUUGAGAUCUGCGGAAGGAGAUAGCAGGUUGUUCUCGAGGCGGGCAAGGAGAUGGGUGAGGUUGAUGGAUGUAACGUCGGAGGAAGAAUAGGAGUCAGACAACUUCCGCACCAUUGUUGAAACAGCGACAAAUCGAAGACGGUGUCGAGAGUUGUAGUUAGUUGCCAGACUUCAAUAUAUUCAUAUACAUACCCAUCAAAAUAGCGACGUCAGAGCCUGGGUUUGAACGGUUAGUCAGCGCUUAGAUAAGCCGAGCCGCGAGGGUGACUGAAAUUGCUUGAAACGUCGUGGGCGAACAGGCAAAGCGACGGCAACACUGCUCAGAAAGCGAAUAUCUCACACGAUGGUUGCCAGCGUGAAUGAAUAUCUUUGUAUACAACGAUUGUUGACCUUGCUUACCCAUGCGCCUCGACGUCCGCCGUAAGAAGUGUAUCCCACACGCUUCCCAGCAUGAGGAGACAAUUCUUUUAGCAUGCUAGGCUUUACCCCUGCAUGUUAUAUUCUGCUCGCUAUUUCUAUUUGUCUUUCUUCCUCCUUCUAUAUGGGUUGGACAGAAUGAAAUUAUAACUCCUGCAUGCUCUUCUUUCUCAUACUUACUUUAUUGACAAUCGUUCAGAGUAUCGCAACCUUUUAUCCCCUGCUUCAAAAAUUCUGUUCAGUUUCCUUUUGCCGUCAUUUGAUAUCCACGCCUUUUUAUCUCCUGAUUGCAACACCAUUCGUUUCUUGCGGAGGGUGGCUCGUUUACUCCUCCAAUUCAUUUUACUUGUUGACAUAAGUGGAAUGGUUCGGACCCUUCACGACCAGUAAAAGCCUGGUGGUGAUCGAGCUCUUUUGCCCCAGUGUCCUACAUUACUCUAAUUCAACCCCACCAUGCCCUUGCUCAGGCAGUAGGUCGUUGGGUCGCGGAAAUGGUUCAAGAAUUUCUCCUCCAAGCUAUCCUAUAUCGUCAGAUGCUAUCGGGAUGUCACGGCUAUGUCGAAUGGCUAACCAGCCGCACGCAAGUUCUUGUGGUGAUUCAUACAAAAAGUGGUGCUCACACCUACAUACCCAGACUGCUUCAACUCAGCUAAUAUACGGAAUGUGCUGCUCCUAUUUCCUAUGAGGCCUUGCCCUGUUCCUGACGAUGCGGACCCUGGAGAUCAGAACCGGAGUUUCUGCAUGCCCUAGCACUGCAGGAAUAGAGAUGGUGACAGAAGGUGAAGAUAAAUUGUUCAUUUUUUUAAGAGAUUUUCAAGAGAUUUUAACAAUCAUUGUUUUUAAUUUCAAGUUCGCCAUCUCAGUUUUGGAGGCGCCGUGAAAGACAUUAUUUGUUUCCGUCGACUAUGGUCACGGUAAGGAACGUCAUUAAAAAGCAAGAACAUCUCGUAAGGAAAAUAUCUAGAAAAUGGCCCGCGGCAAAAUCCCUCCCAAUGGAUAUCAAGAAAAAUAAGAGAUGAUGGAAAUUAUACAACUUGGGUGAACUUCUCCUAUUCUUAAUUACACUCGAGGAUUCUCCGUCUCCAGGCCUGACGCUUAUCAGGUCCCGCCCUGGGGUAAAACUGAACCGCCUCACUUUGAACCUGUGGGAAAUCGACAGGCUGUUUAUGCAUCACCGGAGAACCCAAGGGAUGCGGAUGCGGAUGUGGAUGUGGAUGUGGAUGUGCUUUGCUCAUAUUGUCAGCGAGACAAGCGGUUUCCUCAGGUUGCCAGUGAGGUGUCGGUGGUAGCAUCUGAAGAGGGCCUGGCGAAUCCCCAGAGUUUCGCCUUGGUAGCUCGGGUGGAAUUGGGGAUUGUUGAGCUAGAAGCAUCGGCUGAUGAUUGGGAAGUUGAUGCCAGUGCUGGGCUUGUGCGUCAAGAAGUGUUGCUGAUCGGGUUGCGUUUUCUUCAGGAGACUUCAUUUUAGAUGGAUCACCUGAAAUACAUACGUUGGACUCAGGUUGUUGAGCUUGACGCCCAGGUAACGUCUUUCUGGUGGCACAUUGUGCGAUGGAGUUUGCAUUCUCCUCGUCGGUGGUGAUGGGCUUCUCGGAAAUUUUUGGCGCAAAAACUUUAUGUUUUGUGUUACCGGAGGGAGGAAAUCGUGAUUUCUUACGGCGUUUAAUAAACGCGAUGGAUAUUAGGACGAAAACUGGUAUAAGGAUGUAUAAAUAUGAUGGGAGGGUAGGAAGCGCUUGGGGGCGCUGCGUUUCAUUUGUCGGGGCCAUGGAUAUUGGCAGAUUUUAAAACAAAAUUAAAAGACGACUAAAAGAAAAGAAAAUAAAUUGAUUCCUUUCAAUUGAGAUACAAUGGUUCGAUUUUAAUUGCGAAUGAUGAUUAUUUCAUCCUGUCCCUGCCAUGGACCUGACCGAUGAUGCGUUAUGGAAAAAGGGGCGGAGCCUGCGCAGGGUGACGAACGUUCCAAACACAACAACACCUGCGAAGCUGACCCGAAACAACGAAAGACAAACGGCGAUGAAUGGCAAGGGGUGAGGGUGUCAGGGGUUCUUAUUAUACCUACAUUUCAAUGAAACUGAAUAAAACUUAUCCAAUCCUCCGUAAGCGGUAGAAGUUCGCCGCCGCCGUCUGCAAUCCCACAUCCACUUCAGCCAACCAACACAGCGCCGACCAGCGUCUGGCUUUCAUGGCAAGCUGCUGUUUGCCCCAGGUAUAUGCUAAAAGCAGAAAAAGAACAGCUAUCUAGCUAAUCUCAAAAAGCUGCACCGUCUUAUCCCCCAAUUUCCCAAACUGGCGGGUUGACGUACUUGGCGGAGGGGUAACUAACUGCAACGUGGAGCUGAUUCCCACCCACCUGCAUCGCCGAAGGUGGAUGCUAGAACAACUUCGAGGAAAGCUUCAUGCUGGAGAUGGGCUAUCUUGGGUUAAGCUUUGAUCUAACUGCUCCGAUCUGCUCUACGCAGUACGUAUUGGAGGGUCAGCUCAGUCCAACCAACGCCAUCAGCUCCUCGUCUACAAGAAACUGGCAAUUGCUUCAUCCUGCCAAUAAUGGAUGGCUCAUCAGACAAUCUACCAACAUAGCUGUUUCCACAUCAUUAUUAGGCCAGGGCGGGCUAAAGCACGUUCAUGAGCUCGUAAUCACCAGCAGUGCGGGAGGAGCAGGAUGACCAACGUCUACAGAAGAAAUGGCCAUCAAUGCACUUUUGUCAGAGGCGAAUACAAAGCAGGAUUUUCUCCCGUGCCCUUUUUCGAAGCCGCCAAAUCUUACUGACGCAAGGGAAGCAAGCAAAAACUUUUAAUUCCCACUGUGGCAAUGUAAGAACAAACACGUCAAGAGACGAGAAUUUUGCUAACAAG